AUGAACCACCAGCUUGGCAGCAAACCGAAUGCGAGGUCCUGGAACCACACCAAUCAACAGAACCUAGACAACUCGUAUGGAACGAACGGAUAUUUUGAAGACAGGCGAGGUGGUGGUAGGAACACGAGAGGUCGAGGAAGAGGUGGUUCUUAUUUCUCAGGAGGAAAUGGCGGAAGAGACCCAAGCCCCCCAGGCAGACGAUUUGCUGACCGCAAUAGGGUAGUGGAUCCUGGCGUCGGGAUGACCGCAGAGACAAUAGACGUCAUGACGAUCGUGACUAUAAUUCAGGCAGGAAGCCAUUCAAUGUCAAAGGAGAGGCAAAUGUGUCUUACCAUAAGUAGGCCGAUACAGCCAUGA